CGGCCUUCCCGAUUCUUGAUUACCUAUCCCUACCUCUCUGCUCUCUCCAGAUAAUCGAUCCUGCUAAUGGUAACCACGCCGUCCGUCCCUCCCAUUCGAUUGCGAUCCAGGAGGAGCUAGCUGCGAUGGUGAAGGACCGCGCCUACUACGACAUCUUGGAGGUCAGCACUGACGCCUCCGCGGCCGAGAUCAAGAAGGCAUAUUACCUCAAGGCCAAGUUGGUUCAUCCGGACAAGAAUCCCGGGAACCCUGGCGCCGCACGGAAGUUUCAGGAAUUAGGUGAGGCCUAUCAAGUCCUAAGUGAUCCUGUAAAGAAAGAAUCCUAUGAUAAGCAUGGAAAGGAAGGUCUUCCCCAGGAUAAUAUGCUUGAUCCAACUACCGUUUUCGGGAUGCUUUUUGGGAGCGACUAUUUUGAAGACUAUGUUGGUCAGCUUGCACUAGCAUCUGUAGCUUCUGUAGAGAACGAGGAAGAUUCAGAUAGUCCAGAAGCAAAGGCAAGGAUUCAAGAGAAAAUAAAGGAGCUACAAACCGAACGAGAGGAAAAGCUUCUUCUGAGCCUUAAGGAUCGAAUUCAACCAUACGUUGACGGAAAACAUACGGAAUUCAGUGAUUGGGCAGGUGCAGAAGCUCGACGCUUGUCUGAAGCUGCUUUUGGUGAGGCUAUGCUUCACACGAUUGGCUACAUUUAUGUUCGACAAGCAGCUAGAGAACUUGGAAAAAGUAGAAUGUAUAUGGGUGUGCCAUUCAUAGCGGAGUGGGUAAGAGACAAGGGCCACCACGUAAAGUCGCAGGUUAAUGCAGCUGCAGGUGCAAUUGCUCUGAUACAAUUACAAGAAGGGAUGAAAAAGACUGAGGAUGGUGACAGCAAGGAAGUGCAGACACUGAAGAGUAUUGAGGAGAAAAAGGAUGCCAUGCUCAAUUCUUUGUGGAAAAUUAACGUGGUUGAUAUUGAGUCAACACUAUGGCGUGUCUGUCGAGCUUUUUUGAGAGAAAAUGAUACCUCCAAAGAUGUCCUGACAUUGCGAGCAAAAGGAUUGAAAAAGCUGGGGACAAUAUUCCAAGGCGCAAAAUCAUACUGCCAUCGGGAGAACAGCUUGCGUGUUGAAUCUCGCACACCGGAAGCGACGGCGCCGCUCUGAUCAGGACAAUCUUGUGUCACCCCUGCCACUCAGCAGAGUACAUCUACAAGAGUCCACGGCUUAUCCUUCGAGUGAUCUGUAUAAACGCGAAGGCAUCAGACAUUCAGACAUCGUGCUGUGUAUUAAUUUGUUGUCCUUCAGAACGUCUCUGCCGACUUCAAUAAUACUUCAGGCACUGAUCCGAUC